GCGGCUUCGUGGAUCAUGUGAGAGAGGAGGGGGGCGAAGCGGAGUAACCGGUUCCUGGUUGCCCAGUGGAUGAGGAAGUAGCGCGAGCGGCAGACAUGGCCUCCCUGUUCAAGAAGAAGACGGUGGACGAUGUAAUAAAGGAGCAGAAUAAGGAGCUAAGAGGCACGCAGAGGGCCAUAACCAGAGACCGCACCGCCUUGGAAAAGCAGGAGAAGCAGCUGGAAAUGGAAAUAAAGAAGAUGGCCAAGACAGGUAAUAAAGACGCCUGCACGAUUUUAGCAAAGCAGCUGGUGCAGUUACGUAAGCAGAAAACAAGAACUUAUGCCGUUAGUUCCAAAGUCACCUCUAUGUCAACGCAGACCAAAGUCAUGAGCUCACAGAUGAAGAUGGCGGGGGCAAUGUCCACUACAGCAAAGACAAUGCAAGCCGUGAACAAGAAGAUGGAUCCACAGAAAACUCUGCAAACGAUGCAGAAUUUCCAGAAAGAAAAUAUGAAGAUGGAAAUGACAGAAGAAAUGAUAAACGACACACUGGAUGACAUCUUUGAUGCCUCUGAAGAUGAAGAGGAAAGCCAGGAUAUUGUGAACCAGGUGUUGGAUGAGAUUGGAAUUGAAAUCUCAGGAAAGAUGGCAAAGGCACCCUCAGCAGCUAAAGGACUUCCCUCCGCAUCCUCAACGAAGGCGACCACCAUAUCAGACGAAGAGAUUGAGCGCCAGCUGAAGGCCCUGGGAGUAGAUUAAUGGCUGAGACCUUUCCGCUGUGUGUGGACUUGUAUUUUGGCUACUAAUGGAACAGCUUGAACAGGAAUUUUAUUUUUGAGGACUAAACGUGUCUUUUUGUUUCCUAAUGUACACUACAUUAGCUUGUAUAAUACUAGUCGCUGUAUAUAGACAAUAACACCAUUACCCUGUACAAAUUUCCCUGUGUGUCAAGAGACGCUGACCUCCAGGGUCCGCCGCAUUGUAGAGCUUGGUAAAACUGCUCCUACUUUACAUCUAAUGGACAGAAUUCUUUGCAAUGCAAUUUGAUCAGCAAAUGAUCUGAACAGUUUUGACUAUUAACUCGCCACCUUCCAGCCGUGCGCAUGGUAACCGAUUCCUAACAUGCAUGCUUAGAAGUUUAUUAAGUCAGGGUUU